UAUUUGUAUUAGAUAUAUAUUUCAGACAGUGUUAAAUUACAUUCGACAUCCAGUUUCGUGUUCUUCCCAUAGACAUCAUUCUCAGAGAUCCUACUACACUCGAAACUUUUUUUCUUAUUAUUAUGGCUAGCACAUCUACCAUUCUUGCUGCUCUCAAGUAUGGACGCUGCUCAUCCACCGUGGAGGUGGAGGUGCGGCUUCUCCUGUUUUGGGAAGCCCGAAACAUUAAACGUGGUGGCCACCUCAUGGGAGUAGAUAUGCUUCUUCUGGAUUCUAAGGCGAUGCUCAUACCCGCCACCAUCAACGUGAACCGUCUUCCCACCUACCGGGGACACUUGAAGGUAGGUUCCAUAUUCUCUUUGAGUGACUUUGAUGUCACUAGGUGUAAUCAGAAUUUUAGACUUUCACUCUCCUCUGUUGAUACGGUUCACUUUAUGUAUAUUGCAACUUUCUCCUUCUGAUGUUAGCAUCCAAAUGAUUGUUAAUGCAGGUAGAUACCCGCUACAAGAUCGUUUAGGGUACUGUUAUACGAGCUGCAAAUCCAGCACAAACUUCGAGUUCAGAAGAUUCCUCACAAGAGCUAUCAAGUCCAGAAGAUUCCACCGAGUCGCAAGAUCUACCAAGUACGCCUUUGACAUCAGAAAAUAGUCUUGAGAAAGCAGAGUCUGCAGCAAAAGCUCUUGCAGUGGCUGAUUCCAAAGUGUUCGAAGCCAAAGAGGCGUCCCAAGUUGCAGAUACGGCCCCAAAGAAGUCUCUGACCGAUGUAAUGUCCACAUACUCGACCACAUUAAUUAUCCUAAAUUGAUCAUCACUCAGCUCUUUUUUGAUUCGUUCCUUGCAGGUGCUAAAAGGCGAAAAUGUUGAACUACGGUAGAGCUUUAUACCUUGUGGUCCGGUUCAAUGUAGAUGUAAAGGACUGUUUUUUAAUAGGUUUUGGCUUUGAGAACAAAAAUAAAGAGUACAUGUAUAUGAGAUUUCAUUGACUAUUGACGUUGUCACUUUUUGGUUAGUUUUUGAUGUUAAGUACGGUUCUGGAUGUUAAUAGAUGUUUUUGCAAGUCAUACUGAGAAUUGUUAAUGCAUGAUUGUGUUUAUA